CAGCAAGAAAAAAGAAUCGGCAUGGGAAAUGACAGAGAGUUUAUAUGAUGCAUGGUCAGGAUGGCUGGUUGUGACACUAACUGGAUUGGCAUCAGGUGCUUUGGCUGGAUUGAUAGAUAUUGCUGCAGAUUGGAUGACUGAUUUAAAGGAAGGCAUUUGUCUUAGUGCCCUGUGGUUCAAUCAUGAACAGUGUUGCUGGGCAUCUAAUGAAACAACAUUUGAAGAGAGAGAUAAAUGUCCAUUAUGGAAAACAUGGGCAGAAUUAAUAAUUGGUCAAGCAGAGGGACCAGGUUCCUAUAUAAUGAACUACAUAAUGUACAUUUUCUGGGCUUUGAGCUUUGCUUUCUUAGCAGUUUCUUUGGUGAAGGUGUUUGCACCUUAUGCUUGUGGAUCAGGGAUACCAGAGAUCAAAACAAUAUUGAGUGGCUUCAUCAUUAGAGGGUACCUGGGCAAGUGGACAUUGAUGAUUAAAACAGUCACUUUAGUCUUGGCUGUAGCCUCGGGCUUGAGCUUAGGGAAAGAAGGCCCUCUUGUACAUGUUGCCUGUUGCUGGGGAAACAUCUUUUCGUACCUUUUCCCCAAGUACAGCACAAAUGAAGCAAAGAAAAGGGAGGUAUUAUCUGCUGCUUCAGCAGCUGGAGUAUCAGUAGCAUUUGGUGCCCCAAUUGGAGGAGUUCUUUUCAGCCUAGAAGAAGUUAGUUAUUAUUUUCCAUUGAAGACUUUGUGGAGAUCAUUUUUUGCUGCUUUGGUGGCUGCAUUUGUUUUGAGAUCCAUCAAUCCUUUUGGAAAUAGUCGUCUGGUUCUUUUCUAUGUCGAAUAUCAUACUCCAUGGUAUCUAUUUGAACUAUUGCCCUUCAUCCUUCUGGGUGUAUUUGGUGGACUGUGGGGAGCAUUUUUCAUCCGUGCCAACAUUGCUUGGUGCCGUCGACGGAAAUCAACCAAAUUUGGAAAGUAUCCAGUUCUUGAGGUUAUUAUUGUAGCAGCAAUAACAGCUGUCAUUGCUUUUCCAAACCCCUAUACUAGAGUCAACACCAGCGAGCUAAUUAAAGAACUUUUCACAGACUGUGGGCCUUUGGAGUCAUCCUCCCUUUGUGAUUAUCGAAAUGACAUGAAUGUCAGUAAAAUAGUGGAUGACAUUCCUGACCGUCCAGCAGGCACUGGAGUAUAUUCAGCAAUAUGGCAGCUGUGCUUAGCUCUUAUAUUUAAGAUUAUAAUGACAGUCUUCACUUUUGGUAUUAAGGUUCCAUCAGGCUUGUUCAUACCCAGUAUGGCCAUUGGAGCAAUAGCUGGCAGAAUUGUUGGAAUUGCUGUGGAACAAUUGGCUUAUUAUCAUCAUGACUGGUUUAUCUUCAAGCAGUGGUGUGAAGUUGGAGCAGAUUGCAUAACUCCGGGCCUCUAUGCUAUGGUUGGUGCUGCUGCAUGCUUAGGUGGAGUGACAAGGAUGACUGUAUCUCUAGUGGUUAUUGUGUUUGAAUUAACAGGGGGACUAGAAUAUAUUGUACCUCUUAUGGCUGCAGUAAUGACGAGCAAAUGGGUUGGAGAUGCUUUUGGCAGAGAAGGCAUCUAUGAAGCACACAUACGUCUGAAUGGAUAUCCUUUCUUGGAUGCUAAGGAAGAAUUUACGCAUACAACCCUGGCUGCUGAUGUCAUGAGACCUCGAAGAAAUGAUGCUCCAUUGGCAGUAUUAACACAGGAUAAUAUGACUGUGGAUGAUAUUGAAAAUUUGAUCAAUGAAACCAGCUACAAUGGUUUUCCUGUAAUAAUGUCAAAAGAAUCCCAAAGAUUAGUAGGAUUUGCGCUAAGGAGAGAUUUGACUAUUGCAAUAGAAAGUGCCAGAAAGAAACAAGAGGGCAUUGUUGGAAGUUCCAGAGUCUGUUUUGCCCAGCAUACCUUAUCACUUUCAGCAGAAAGUCCUCGACCUUUGAAGCUUAGGAGCAUUCUUGACAUGAGCCCUUUCACAGUUACGGAUCACACACCAAUGGAGAUUGUGGUGGACAUAUUCCGCAAACUGGGCCUAAGGCAGUGUCUUGUAACACACAAUGGGAUUGUCUUGGGAAUCAUCACAAAGAAGAACAUAUUAGAGCAUCUCGAGCAACUAAAGCAGCACGUCGAACCCUUGGCGCCUCCUUGGCAUUAUCACAAAAAAAGAUAUCCUUCGACACAUGGCCCAGAUGGCAAACCAAGAUCCCGCAUCAAUAAUGUUCAACUGAACUCAAUAGCUGAGGAGAGAGAGGAAAGUGAAGAGGAAGUUCAUUUGUUAAACAGUACAACACUUUAAUAUAAGAUGUAGUUUUGUGAUACAAAAGAAAGGCUGGAUUUUUUGAAAACUGCUGGAAUUUAAGAGUUGGUUUAGGAAAAUGUGGUUUUACUAAAUAAGAAAGAUGGACAAAACAAAAUCUGAAAACCUGCACUGGAUGCACUCUGAAUUGUUAGAUCUGCCAUGAUAGUGCAAUUGGACGUUAUAUAAUUCAUAAGAAGUUCGUAAACUCCAGUUUGGGCCUUGCUGCUUUAGCAUGGAAGAAAUCGAUGGUUAGUUCCUGUUUCUGAAUCAUCUUGAAGUGAGCUGCCCUUUGAAAACUGUAAGAUUUGGCCCAUUUUACAACUGACCAUUAAUGGGUUAAUUCAUGAAAUGUAUAGUUAUUCCGCAUUACCUCUUUACAUUCCAGAAAAGCAUUUCUCUCUCCAGAGCCCUAACUGAGCCUCCUUACAAUUGAUGCAUUUUAUUGAAAUGGUUGGUUUCUCAUAUUGAGAUGUACUGUGACCUGCUGAAUUUGAUAACAAGAAGGAAGUAUUUCUUGUGCCAUUUAAGCUUAAGAGUUUGGAUAUCAUAAAAGUCUUGUGACAAUUUAGAUCUACUGCAAGAAAAACAGAUUGAACAGGUUAAUAAACGUGGGUGAAGCAUGUUAAACCCUACAGUUUAGUAGUUGCAGUUAAACAGCCAAAUCUGUUUAAACUAUGUUUCUGUUACAAAUAAUGACUUAGGCUUAUGCAUUUUUGUACUAUUAAAAAUCCUGUUAUAUACCAAUUUUGUGAAAUGUAAAGAGAAUACUACUACUAAGAAUUGGAACAAUUCUGUUUAAUUUCUGUUCAUUCAGUUUAAUUGUAUACCUGAUAGCAACUGCAUGUUGAAGCACUGGAGACUAUUCCCCUAAAUGAAGGUCUUUUUGUUUUACAUACCUAUCUCAAAUAAAGGCAGAAAAAUGUUAUAAUUUGCACGAAAUAUACAUAUUAUAGUUUUUGUUUCUACAGAUUAGGAUAUAUUAAAUAUAAAUGAGUCCACACUAUUGAUUUUACUUUAAUGUGAUUUUUAUAUUCAAAAUCCUCUAUAAACUUGGCAAGUUUCUAAUGAAAAGAUUUUUAUAUUUCUUUGUAACCCAUUCAGAUACUUGAUUGCCAUAGUUUUAAAUUCAUUACUGUUUAAUUAAGGGACUAUAUUAUUAAUAGACCCUUAUUUGUAAAUAUUACAGAAUUUAAAAUGUUUAUUUUGAGGAAUUUUGAAGUAAUAAUUGAUUCGAAAUGGAAUUGAGUUACUUGAAAAAUUCUGUUAAACAAGCCAAGAAUUGACAGAACAACUGAAUUUUACCAUCCCUAAUAAACUUUUUUUGCAUUUGAAUAUUCAUUUAUUAGGGAGAAGUAUUGCAAAUAUUUGAUAUGAGGCUUUAUUUACCGAAUAAAACUGAUAUAUUAUAUAAAGUUCACAAGUGAUGGCCAAUUGAAAAUUCUAAAGUUUGUACCAUCUUAAUAGUUAUUCAAACAUGAAUUAGUGAUAAAAUAUCAAAACUAUUAUCAAAACUGCACAGGAAGUCACUUUAAGGAAGGCAAACAAAAUCGGAUGCUUUAUUCUAUGCAUGUAAGCCCUUGUAACAAGAGGUUAUUUUUGUUGCCAAAGUCUGUAUUUUUUUCUUGUAAAUCAUAUAAUCCAAAGAUACUGAUCCAUGUCUUUGAAAAAAAAAUAUUUCAAAGGAUUAUCAGAGUAAAAAUCCUGAAUCAAUACUGCAAACUGCUUUGUUAAACAGCCCAGAUAAUAUUACAUGGCUUUUCAAAAUGCUUGAGAAUGUUUCUCUGCAAUAGUUAAUUGUUCAUUGUGAUUAGGUAUUUCAACACCAUUUCAGAAAAAACUAUACUUGGAGUGGGGGCUAAACAAUGAAUUUUGCACCUGUAUACCUUUUACAUUUAUAAAUUACCAUUAACAGAAUUCACCUGAUGUGUAAAACAUUUUAGGAAUCUUGGGAUGCUUCCUCUAAAACUAAACAUUUCUUUGUGUUAAUCAUGCAUAUCUAAAAUGAUUUUUCCUGUAACAUGAUUUUAAAAUUUUUCUCUUAAGUUUCAAACUCUCAUCUAUACACUUAGUUUGCUAUAGGCGCACUACCAAAGUUGCCUAUUAUAUUAAUUUACAAUGCCCUUUGUGAUGUGAAGUGAUACCAACUCAUAUCCCAGAUGUAUUUUAAUUUAGUAAUUCAUAUCUAUAGUAUGAUCUAAUGCAGUGUUUUAUGUUCUUGCCCAACUUCUUACAAGCACAUAAAAUGUGCCUCUGCUCAUGUGUUAAGAGUGUCUGAAAUUAGCAUAUCUGGGUAUUCAAAAAAAGGAUUUACCUGUAAUAAUACAACUAAUUACAGAGCCUUAUUUAUGUUGGAACAGAAUGGGAUGUCUGGGGGAGAUUUUUUUUUUUUUAUUGAACAAUUCAGUUGCUGAUUAUGACAAUUACACCUGUAAUAUUUCUAGAGAUGUAUUAAACAUUGAUCUUAAUGUUUUAAUUUA